AUGUGUUCUAAAUCUGGUUCUAUGGACAACACAUUCAUGGUUUUCAACAAGAUGCCAAAUCCCAAUUUGACAUCUUGGAACAUUAUGAUAACAUGGCUUGCUAAAAAUGGCCUGGGGGAAGAUGCCAUUGAUCUAUUUAAUGAGUUUAAGAAAGCAGGUCUGAAACCUGAUGGCCAAAUGUUUAUUGGUGUUUUCCACGCUUGUAGUGUCUUGGAAGAUACUACUGAAGGACUGCUGCACUUUGAAUCAAUGAGCAAAGAUUAUGGCAUUGUCCCGACUAUGGAUCAUUAUGUCAGUGUAGUAGAUAUGCUAGGAAGUACAGGUUAUCUGGAAGAAGCUUUGGAAUUCAUUGAAAAGAUGCCAUUAAUGUCGAUAUUUAGAAAACCUUGA